UACCUAUGCGUGACGAAGACGAAUGGUGUAUGUUAACGACUUGUUGUCCAACACACGGGGUGUAGACUUCAUACUGAAUAUGAUGUGAUGCUGGAUUAUCAUCGGUAUGGCAUACUUUAAAAGACGAUCGUUUUGUGAUGUCGUCCUUGUUGGAAGAUGCUUAUGCCACCGCUUGCCAAGAUAUUUAAGGAAACGGAGCACGUAUAUAACUUCACUAGACAGUCAUGCCGCUGUGGAUAGGAGUUGUUCAGCGGAUUAUGAUAGUGCUAAACCAUUUCGUGAUAUCCCGGGACCAAAAGGAUUGCCAUUUAUCGGAACUCUCCUGCAAUAUACAGGUCCUUUCAAGAAAUACGACAUAGACAAAUAUCAAGCAGUACUGGAGUCACGAUGGAAACUGUAUGGAUCUGUUGUCAAGGAAACAAUAGGAAACCGCACGCAUGUCCGACUGUUUGACCCGGAUCAUGUACAGAGAGUCUACCAACACGAAGGGGUAUGGCCAAAUAUUGUUCCCAUUCUGGAGAGUUCUCGAAAAUAUCGCGAAACGAAAGGCAUGUCGCCUGGGCUGGGAAAUAUUAACGGAGAGGAAUGGAACACGAUGAGGAAGGCCAUUCAAAUAGUAAUGAUGCGUCCCCAGGAGGUAGCUCAGUUUCUGCCGUUUGUGAAUGAGAUAGCUGAUGACGUCAUAGACGAAAUAUGCAUCAGAAAGGAUACAGAUGGGAAUUUCGAAAAUUUUAACUAUUUGGCGGGAAGAUGGAAUAUGGAAACUGCCGGGAUGAUUUGUUUUGAGAGGAGACUUGGAGCACUAAAGGAGGGAUUCGAAUCUCAUUCGCAGAGAAUGAUCCAGGCAAAUCACGAUAUAUUUGAUUUAUCCACAAAACUAAUGUUUGUACUUCCUUGGGAUUUCAUAACAUAUCGAAGACUUUCAAAACUUCACUACGCAGCGGAAGACUACUUCUACAGCGAUGGCAGGAAUCUCAUAAACUCGACGGUAUCUCGUAUCAAGGAACUGGUUGACGAGAACGAGCUACAGGAAGGAAAGUUCAUGUUUCUUUCAUAUCUUCUUUCUAACACAAAUCUCAACAACAAAGAUAUCAACAUCACAGCCCUCACAGUGUUCGCUGACGGACUUAAUGCGACGGUACCAGCACUGUUACUAGCAAUGUACUGCCUCGCAAAGAAUCCAGAAAUCCAGGAAAGGGCGUUUGAAGAGAUACAACAACACAUCCCUAAAGAUGGUUACAUAACUCUCAACGUUUUAAACAAAUUAUCAUAUCUGAAGGCAUGUUUCAAGGAGUCGUUCAGGCUGUACCCUUUAAACCUAGACGUUAAGAGGAUAUUGGAUAAGAAUAUUGCAGUGGGAGGGUUCCAGAUACCAGCUGGGACUGUCAUAGAGAUGUGUUCCUUCGUACACCAGUGGUCGCCCGUGUAUUUUGAUGAUCCCAUGGAGUUCCGACCAGAGCGUUGGCUUAGGGGCAGCAAAUAUUUCAGAAAUCAUCACCCCUUCAUCGUUAUACCCUUCAGCCAUGGUCCGAGGAUGUGUAUAGGUCGACGAAUAGCCGAGCAGGAUAUGUACGUGAUGAUGGCAAAGCUUCUUAACAAGUUCAAGAUCACUACCCCAACAGAUGAAUUAGGACUUAAAUUCCAAAUCAUUCAGACGCUUGACAAACCUGUUACUUUUACGUUUGAACAAAGAAAGUAACAAGAUUUCCCUGACUCACUCCAACAUUGGGGAUGUUAUAGAAAGAUACCUAAUGCGACAUGUUAGACAGACGUGAAACAAUGCAAAAUCCAUAUUGUAUGUCCGCAUGUUAAUUGCUGGCAUUGGAACAAGGACACGCAUUGAAACUUGAUAUUUUUCUUAUCAGAUAUACAUGGGCGCCAGUUGAUAUUCUUGCACUGCAUAAUAUUAUUGCCGGUAAUGAAAUUAUAUUUUUAUGAUGUAAUACUUCUAUAAUGUGUAUUGCCUAUCUGUCUCCUUAUUCUGAAAUAAAUUCCGAUUAUCAUUAUAUCAUAUGUAGAAAAUUGAGCACCAGAAUAUAUUUUGAUUGUUCUGAUCACAGGGGCUUGGCACGAUUUUCCAAACAUAUAUAUAGACUAUCAUUUGGAAAAUCGUGCCAAGCCCCUGUGGUUCUGAUGUGAUUCCUGGAGAUACAAACUGUUUCCGUGUAUUUGUUUACCUUCCGUGUUUGAUGUUUUUUGACAAAUAUUAUUUAACACAUUUUUGAAAAAAAAACUCAUUUUAGAUCCUUUUACUCCCUUUCAGCAGACGAUGUUAUGCUGAUGUGUAUUUUAGGAAUGUAUGAGGAAACAUAUGCUACAUAUCAAUGGCAUUCUUGUUUUAUUCCCUCAAUAUUUCUUUAGAUUUUGUUAUGGCGUAGCGUGCUUGUUUGAUUUAUAGGAACGUAGGUAUUUCGUCAUACUUUUAAUGAGCAACAUUUAUUUCCAUUUCAAGCUAAGAUGCGUUGUAUGUCUGUUUUGUUUUAUUUGAAUUAGUUUUAAAUUGUUUUGCCAAAUAUUGUGUCAUGCUUGCACUAUACCUAAAUAAUGGUUAUAUUUUUAACUAAUAAAUACGAAUAAUA